AUGGCUCAGCUGUCGGUGAUCCCGGGAUCUGCUACGGCGUGGACAGGGCUCCUCACUGAGGGCGGCCGCAAGGAGACCGACAUGCGGGAGGCGGCGUCGUUGCGGCAGCAGCGCCGGAUGAAGCAGGCCGUGCAGUUCAUCCACAAGGACUCCGCUGACCUGCUGCCCCUGGACGGCCUCAAGAAAUUGGGCUCGUCCAAGGACACGCAACCUCAUAACAUUCUGCAGAGACGUCUGAUGGAGACGAACCUGUCCAAGCUCCGAAGCAGCCGUGUCCCCUGGGGUUCUAAGACCAACAGACUCAAUCAGACUAAGUCUGAGAAUCUGAAGAAGCUGGAAGAUGAUGACAUGAUUUUAGUUUCUUGCCAGUGUGCUGGAAAGGAUGUGAAAGCCUUGGUAGACACAGGCUGUCAGUAUAAUCUCAUCUCUUCAGCCUGUGUGGACAGAUUGGGGCUCAAGGAGCAUGUGAGAUCUCAUAAGCAUGAAGGGGAGAAGCUUUCUCUACCCCGACAUCUCAAAGUAGUGGGCCAGAUCGAGCACCUAGUGCUCACCCUGGGCUCCCUCCACCUGGACUGUCCAGCAGCUGUGGUUGAAGACAGUGAGAAAAAUUUGUCCCUUGGUCUCCAGACACUCCGAUCCUUGAAGUGUAUCAUUAAUCUGGAUAAGCACCGACUUGUCAUGGGCAAAACAGACAAAGAAGAAAUCCCUUUUGUGGAGACAGUUGCUUUGAAUGAAGACAACCGGGACGGGCCACCCUGUCACCAGUGCUCCCUGGUCUCCAGACCUGGCACUGGCCCUGAUUCCGCAUGGGGCGCUGGAGAAUUUUCCAGCACACCGGCGGCUCCACUAACUCCUCUCGUUUCUGCGCCCGUGAAAGAUACGCAAGCGCCUCAGAAUUCUGCUAGGCCCAGAGAAGUGCCCAGUGAGGAGGUCCGAGCACGGACCCGAGCAGGCGCCCAGAACGCGCAGCCUCCAGCCCCCCGCACACCGAGAACAGUUUCCGGGGCGGAUGCUGGCGGCAGCUGA